AUGUUGAGACGGCGUGGAACUCGAAAUACGGGGCAUGAGGAACAAAGCGAGUUGGAGACAACGUAUUACGCAGAUGCUGAAGGGCCGAAUUUAACCGAAACGUUGCAGUCAGAGAACGAGACCGAUGAAAUUUACGACGCAACUCAAACCUUUGGAGGGCCCUAUUCUUUUUUCGGACGCAACUGCAGUUACAUUGCCAUUGCGAUCCUUUGUCGCGUUGCAGCGGUUCUACUUUUUCACAAUUUCCUAAUCUCCCAACCAGAAUGGACUUCUCCUUUGGUUUCUAUCAAAAAUUUACGUGAUGGUGUCAUUUUGGAACGGGAGAGUCUGACUUCAGCGGCAGGAAAUUUGAUUCGCAUGUUGCCAUCAGUGAUCUUCUUUUUCAACAAGGUAAUCGACGUGUCAUCGUUUCCGUUGCUCAUCAUCUUCCACAUCUUUUUCGACAUCGUUACUGCUUACCUCCUGUCAAAGGCAGCGUUCAAAAUUCAAGGCGACUCAACUGUAGCACAAAUUGUAGCAAAAUGCUUUCUCCUCAAUCCGCUUGCAAUUGGUUCGUGUGCGUGUCUCAAUUUGACAACGUUUCACAACGCAUUAUUGGCGACCGUUGUUUACUUUUUCGCACAAGGUAGUGCCAUGUUGUCUUCUUUCUUCCUUGGUUUAGCGACUGUAUCUCAAAUGUUCCCAGUAACUCUCAUCGCGUCUAUAUGGAUUCAAUUUUCUGAUUGGAAGCAAAUAAUCAAAUCCAUUAUAGGGUUUACUGCUGGAGUUUCGCUCUACCUGGGAAUCAAUUAUGUAUUAUCUGGCAACACUUGGGGCUUCGCUUCCAAUAUUUACGGAUUUAUGGUCAACUACGAAGAUUUAAAGCCAAAUUGUGGCCUCUUUUGGUAUUUCUAUUCGCAGGUAUUCGAACAUUUUCGAACUUUCUACGAGUAUGUCUUCUUGGCCAAUUCGUUUCUUUAUGUUCUGCCAUUGACGUUAGCUUUAAGGUCCGAUCCGGUGUUGCAUUUGACUCUUUCGUUGCUAUUGCUGGUCACUUUGUCACCUUAUCCAACACUCGGCGACGCUGCUAUUUACAUGGCCCUGCUUCCACUGCAACAAAGACAUUUUAAAUCUCUUCGUUAUUCUCUUCUCAUCGCUUGUACGAUUACCACUUGUGUUUGUUUAAUGCCAAUCAUGUGGCACAUGUGGGUGGUAUCUGGAUCCGGAAAUGCGAAUUUUUAUUUUGCCGUUACGCUGAUUUAUAAUGUGGCUCAGCUCUACAUCUUGUUGGAUCUUCUAAUGGCCUACUUCCGCGCCGAAGUCACUGAAGUGAUUCCUGAAGAGAUCACCGAAGGAACGAAUUUUGUUCUCCAU